UUUGCUUUCAUGAUUUUCAUAAUGAUGUCUCAUUCCGAACGAGUUUAGUUUCUAGCUCAUAUCUACUCUCAUCGUUUUUUCUCUAUCUAUUUUUCCAGAAGAAGAAAGUAGCUGGGGCAAAAAACUCGAGGGACGACUCUGUGGACGUAGUCCAGGCUCUGCAUCAUUAUUCAGUGGCUGAAGUUGACAAUAUCGUUUAUAAUCUCUUUGAUGAUGCCCAUGUGAAGGCUGAGGAUGGGGAGGACGAUUAUAUAUGCAGAAUUGUUGAAAUGUUCGAGGCUGUUGAUGGACAACUAUAUUUCACUGCACAAUGGUAUUAUAGAGCUAAAGAUACUGUUGUGAAAGACCAUGCUCAUCUCAUCAAUGACAAGCGUGUUUUCUUUUCAGAAGUUCGGGACGAUAAUCCAUUGGAUUGUCUCGUUAGGAAGCUAAAUAUAGCUAGAAUACCUCUAACUAUGGCCACGGAUAAGAAGAAAAAGUGUCUUCCAGUGUGUGACUUCCACUGUGACAUGUUAUACUUGCUACCAUAUUCUACGUUCGUUAAACUGCCAGCAAGUGAGAAAAGGAUUGGCAGUGACACAUCAUCGACAAUUUCUUCCGAGGUUGAUACCAAUGGAGCUUGUGAAGUGAACUCGGAAAUUGGGGAUGUCACUCAAGCACAGCAAUGUUGUAAGCCUGACGUUACACUCCUCGAUUUGUAUUCAGGAUGUGGGGCUAUGUCGACUGGACUGUGCUUAGGAGCCAAUUUGUCUGGGGUGAACCUAGUCACGAAAUGGGCAGUUGAUAUAAAUCAAUAUGCUUGUGAAAGUGUAAAGUUCAAUCACCCCGAGACAGAGGUGAGAAAUGAAAUGGCCGAGGAUUUUUUAUCAUUGUUGAAAGAAUGGGAAGUGCUUUGCAAAUAUUUUUCUUUGGUAAAAAGUAAAGAGCCACAACAGAAGUACAUUGAUCUUUUUGCUAAUGAUGAUGAAGAGGAAGAAGAAGAAGAGGAAGAUGAAAAGAGUGAAGAUGAUGGAGAAGUGUUUGAAGUAGAAAAAGUACUUGCAAUAUGCUAUGGCGAUCCCAACGAAACUAAAAAGCGUGGAUUGUUUCUUAAGGUGAGAAAUGAAAUGGCCGAGGAUUUUUUAUCAUUGUUGAAAGAAUGGGAAGUGCUUUGCAAAUAUUUUUCUUUGGUAAAAAGUAAAGAGCCACAACAGAAGUACAUUGAUCUUUUUGCUAAUGAUGAUGAAGAGGAAGAAGAAGAAGAGGAAGAUGAAAAGAGUGAAGAUGAUGGAGAAGUGUUUGAAGUAGAAAAAGUACUUGCAAUAUGCUAUGGCGAUCCCAACGAAACUAAAAAGCGUGGAUUGUUUCUUAAG